AUAGCCUUGUACACUACCCCAGAAUUCACACGCUACGCCGCUGCCCACCAAAAUCUCAACGGCGAAGGCGACGCCCGUCCCACAGCCCUUGAAAUCGUCAAAGACAACAGUCUCGAGGGCAAGCUAACCGAUAAGACUAUUUUAAUAACAGGCUGCUCCUCAGGCCUAGGUGUCGAAACAGCUCGAGCUCUCGCUGCCACAGGCGCCCACAUCUUCUGCAUCGCACGCUCCCUCGAAAAGGGCCAAGCAGCACUCGCCGACAUCCUGUCACCAGGAAAAGUCGACCUACUCCACCUAGAUCUCGAGAGCCUAGCUUCCGUCCGCACAUUCGCUGCGGAGUUCCUCGCAUCCAGCCAUGGUAAACUUGACAUCUUGAUCAACAACGCAGGCGUCAUGGCAAUACCCCAAUCGACAACCGCUGAUGGUUUCGAGACGCAAUUCGGCGUGAACCACCUCGCCCACUUUCUGCUUUUCCAGCUGCUCAAACCAGCCCUCGUCGCUUCUAGCACGCCUACUUCCGCCUCGCGCGUCGUUGCCGUGUCGUCGCUGGGCCACCGUUACUUCGCGCCCACCCUGUCAGAUAUGCAGCUGCGAGAGCUCGGUGCGUAUGAUCCUAAUCGGGCAUACGCGCACUCCAAAACAGCAAACAUCUGGUUCGCAAACUACAUCGAUAGACACUAUGGCUCCUCCACGAAACAUCCCAUUCAUGCUUUGUCCCUCCAUCCAGGUGGUAUAUGGACAGGCCUGCAAGACCACAUACCUGGAAUGGACGCCAUGAAAGAGAUCCCCGCAGUACAGAGGUACAUGAAGAGUCCCGCGCAAGGAGCCGCGACGACUGUUUGGGCAGCUGUAGGAGAGUGUUGGGAAGGCAAGGGACGUGUUUAUCUAGACGAUUGUCAGGUUUGUCCACCGGUGCCACAACCGAGUUAUGGACUGGUAGAUCGGGGAUAUGAGAAGUGGGCGUAUGACGUCGAGAGCGAGGAGGAAUUGUGGGAGUUGAGUAAUGAGCUGGUCGGAUUUCAAGAAGCGUAGAGCGUGCAUGUGCUGUCAUCACUGUCGGACAUGGAUUCCGGUGGCCAUGAGAUGAAGUCUGUUCAUCAUUCCGCUUUCACAGAAAGCUAUCUAUAAGACUCGAAACACAAGUCCAUGACCAAAUUAUGCUAUCAAACAAACCCUCACUACCUUUUUCCCGUCACACUAUAGCACCUCAAACUCAUAGUACACAUACGCCGUGUACUCCUGAUCACCCAUUUGGCCCGCUUGCGCCAUGUCAGUCGACAGCGCCUGAUCAUCCU